UCCUCACCCUGUUUGGUAGGGAGGUUCAAGGUGUCCUGGCAGCAGGGAGCUCCUUUGCUCCACCCUCUGCCCUGCAUGUUGGCUGAGUGUAUCUAGGAUUUGCUGAACCAUUGCUACCAGAAUUGGCGUGCUGAUCCUUGCAGCUGCUCAGCAGAAGCUGAACCUCUGGCAUGAUGCUUUCCUCCCAUGAGCCCUGGACAGCCUUCUUCAUGCUCUUCUUCACCACUGUGCUCCAGUGCUCCUGUUCUGCAGCAGCGGGAGUCUCCAACAUAUCAACAAGCACCAUGCACACAGCCGAGUAUGAACCACCAUGUCUUAAGGUAGACUUCUGCGCACUAGCAGCAGUGUGCUGUCCAACUGGUGUGGACGAUUACGGAUGGAUUGCAGCGGCUGUUGGCUGGAGCCUCUGGUUUCUGACUCUCAUUCUGCUCUGCAUGGAAAAGGUCAUGAAACUCCGGCCUGAUGAGCCCAAAUAUUUGGUAGCCUGAAGCAGGGCAAGUCAGCAAGCAGCAGUGAGGUUCAGACAGACUAACAAAGCAUUUCAAUCACUUCCUGAGAAACAGAAAAGAACUUGCCUUCAGCUAAAAGAAGUCCACGCGUAAGUGGGGUAUCUGCUGAGGCUCCAUCCUUUCUGGAAUGCCAGAGCUGCUGGCCCAAGCUGGCCACCAUGCACAUCCCAAUGCACAUAGACAGCAUUUAGUGUCAUAGAAUCAUCAAGAUUGGAAAGAUCACUAAGAUCAUCUAGUCCUACUGUCAGCCUGUCCCCACCAUGCCCACCAACCAUGUCACUCAGUGCUACAUCCACACAUUUCUUGAACAACUCCAGGGAUGGUGACUCUACACUCCGUUAUUUCCCUGAGCCCAUCCAAACCUGUCCUGAGGGUACAGUCAGACCCUGAAGGACCUGGUACUAGGCUCCCUGCCCUGAGACAACCCAGAACAGCCUUGGAAUUUGAAAGAGUACUGGGCUGGUUUCUGAAGGAUCAACAUCAUGAGAUUCAUAACUAAGCUGUGGGCCAGGCUAUAUCACUAAAAGAAUGCAACUCAUUGGUUAUACUGAGUAACUUCUGUUUACUAAACCAAAGUGUUUACUGACACCAAGAGAAACUCUGUUUGGGAAACUUGAGGCUUGUUUGGGCUGGUUCAAAAUUAGAACAAAUUAUUCCACUGCAAUGUAUACGUGAACUGCUUUGUGGGAGGUUAACAUAUUGGUUGUAUCUACUUGGCUUGCACCUGUCUAUAUAAUUAAGACACACCACACCAUUGCAAAUGGAUUUUAAACCAGUAUAUCCAACUCAGGCACAACACUGGUUCUAUUUAUGCAAGAUGAUAAUAAACACUCUUCUCCAUGAAAGGAUUCCCACUGACUGUUUUAAUCCUACUUUAUGUUGAUCCAGCUUGUAUCAGUAAGGAAUUACCCCAUUCAAAUUGCUAGAAACAUGAUCUUAAUGAGAAAUAUUCACGCAGCAGUGUUUGCCUCACCACAAUCAAAUCAUCUUAUUUGGGACAGUAUUUGUCUGUUAUUAAAAUCAUAAAUCAGUUUGAAACCCAUAGAGUCAUAUAUAGAAUAGCAAACCUCUUAGAGACCAACUGAAAUAAAACACAAGAGACUAUCCUUAAACCAAAGAAAGCUACAGUGGAGAUUUGUAUCUAUUAGAUAACAUUAAAGUUUCACCUCAGCUUACCAAUAUAUAACUUUUUAGGUUAGAAAAUAUACAAAUCAGUUUAAGACUCCUCAGAUUAUUUCUUGCACAACUAGGCAUUCAUUCAAUCAGGACAGUUCUAUGCCUGUUCAAACUGGUGCAUGGGUCUUAUCAGCUUUCCACAGGAAUGAGUACAAGUUAGACACUGAGAAAAAGUGUCUAGAUGUGUUUAGAUUCCCUAAAGAAUCAUAGAAUCUUUAGAGUUGGAAGAGACCUUUAAAAGCCAUCUAGUCUAGCUUCCCUGCAAUAAGCGGGGACAUGCACAGCUAGAUCAAGUAGUUCAGAGCCUGGUCCAUUCUUGCCUUGA